CUGAACCUGCAGACCUCUUGAAGGUAUUAGAUUUUCAUAAUUUACCUGACGGUAUAACAAAAACAACAGGGUUUUGCACAAGCAGAAGAUCUUCGAAAGAAGCAGAUGUUGCUUAUAGAGUAACAAAAGAUGCUCAACUUAGUGCACCGACAAAGCAGCUGUAUCCUGCUUCCCCAUUCCCAGAGGACUUCUCCAUUCUAACCACUGUAAAAGCGAAGAAAGGAGGUCAGUCCUUCUUGAUCUCAAUUUACAAUGAGCAAGGGAUCCAGCAAAUUGGUGUGGAGUUGGGUAGAUCUCCUGUAUUCCUGUAUGAAGACCAUACAGGAAAGCCAGGCCCAGAAGACUAUCCUCUCUUUAGAGGCAUUAACCUAGCAGAUGGCAAGUGGCACAGAAUAGCUAUCAGUGUGCAGAAGAAAAAUGUCACCUUGAUUUUGGACUGUAAAAAGAAGAUAACGAAGUUUUUGGACCGAAGUGACCAUCCCAUCAUUGACGUCAAUGGCAUCAUUGUAUUCGGAACGAGGAUAUUGGAUGAGGAAGUCUUUGAGGGUGAUAUCCAGCAGCUCCUCAUCGUAGCAGACCCCCGAGCAGCCCACGAUUACUGUGAACACUACAGCCCUGACUGCGACACCGCCAUCCCCGACUCCCCCCAGUCCCAGGACCCCAACCAGGAUGAAUACUACACUGAUGGGGAGGGAGAAGGUGACACCUACUACUAUGAGUACCCCUACUAUGAAGAUGUUGAUGAAGCUGUAAAGCCAGAAGCCCCCACCGCCAAACCCAAUGCUCCCGAAGUGGCUGCUGGAGAGAGACCUGAAACCAAACAGGACUAUCCUGCCCCCACGCCAUCACCUGAUGGAGGGGACCCCAGCAAGCAGACAAAAGGGGAUGCUGCGGUGGAUGAUCCCCUUGUGGAUGAGUACAACUAUGAAACCAUUAAUGAAGAGUACUUCACACCUCUCCCCUACGAAGAUGUCAACUACAACGAAGAAGUAGACCCCCAGGGUGGACUCACUGAAAAUGCAGUGGAAGCUGAACUCCCCACGAGUACCGUCAUCACAUACAACGAGACUGAUGCUGCUCAAGGAGGAGAUGACCUGGAUAAAGAUUUCACCGAGGAAACAAUAAAAGAAUACGAUGGCAAUUAUUAUGAUAACUAUUAUGACCGAACGGUCUCUCCCGAUAUUGGCCCUGGCAUGCCUGCUAACCAGGACACCAUCUAUGAAGGGAUUGGUGGCCCACGGGGUGAGAAAGGACAGAAAGGGGAGCCUGCGAUUAUUGAGCCGGGUAUGUUGGUGGAAGGCCCACCUGGACCCGAAGGCCCAGCAGGCCUUCCAGGACCUCCAGGACCAACUGGACCUGUGGGCUUAAUGGGUGACCCCGGGGAGAGAGGACCACCUGGUCGCCCAGGUCUUCCAGGAGCAGAUGGUUUACCAGGACCACCAGGGACAAUGCUUAUGUUGCCUUUCCGCUUUAGUGGAGGAGGAGAUGCUGGCUCUAAAGGACCUCUCGUUUCAGCCCAGGAGGCCCAAGCCCAAGCCAUCCUGCAGCAAGCUAGGCUGGCACUUAGAGGACCAGCGGGUCCGAUGGGUCUAACAGGACGACCGGGCCCCAUGGGACCCCCGGGAAGUGGAGGGCUAAAGGGAGAAGCUGGAGAAAUGGGACCUCAGGGUCCACGAGGCAUCCAGGGUCCUCCCGGUCCAGCAGGAAAGCCAGGUCGUAGGGGACGAGCUGGCAGCGAUGGUGCCCGGGGAAUGCCAGGCCAGACGGGACCGAAGGGUGACCGAGGCUUUGAUGGCUUGGCUGGUUUGCCUGGUGAGAAAGGAAAUAGAGGUGAGCCAGGCCCCCAUGGACCCCCAGGGGCACCCGGAGAGGAUGGGGAGAGGGGAGAUGAUGGAGAAGUUGGACCCAGAGGUCUACCUGGAGAACCUGGACCUCGAGGACUGCUGGGACCAAAGGGGCCACCAGGACCCCCAGGGCCACCGGGUGUGGCUGGCAUGGAUGGACAAACAGGUCCCAAGGGGAAUGUGGGUCCUCAAGGUGAGCCGGGUCCCCCAGGACAGCAGGGUAACCCAGGUGCUCAGGGUCUUCCAGGUCCACAAGGCGCGAUCGGUCCCCCAGGAGAGAAAGGCCCGCUGGGCAAACCUGGUCUUCCUGGCAUGCCUGGUGCAGAUGGACCUCCGGGUCAUCCUGGCAAGGAAGGUCCUCCUGGAGAGAAGGGGAGUCAGGGUCCACCAGGUCCUCAGGGCCCCAUCGGUUAUCCAGGACCACGUGGAGUCAAGGGAGCAGAUGGUGUUCGUGGGUUGAAAGGCACUAAAGGUGAAAAGGGUGAAGAUGGCUUCCCUGGCUUCAAAGGUGAUAUGGGCAUCAAAGGAGACAGGGGAGAAAUUGGACCUCCUGGUCCUCGAGGUGAGGAUGGUCCUGAAGGUCCUAAAGGUCGCUCUGGCCCCAAUGGAGAUCCUGGUCCUCUUGGUCCUGCUGGAGAGAAGGGAAAACUCGGCGUACCAGGACUGCCCGGCUACCCAGGCAGGCAGGGUCCAAAGGGCUCCAUCGGCUUCCCAGGAUUUCCAGGAGCCAACGGAGAGAAGGGCACAAGGGGGACACCUGGCAAACCAGGUCCAAGGGGGCAGCGUGGUCCAACGGGUCCACGUGGGGAAAGAGGCCCUAGGGGAAGCACCGGGAAACCUGGCCCAAAGGGCAACUCUGGUGGUGAUGGCCCCCCCGGUCCUCCUGGCGAAAGGGGACCACCAGGGCCUCAAGGACCAACUGGAUUUCCUGGACCAAAAGGCCCCCCUGGUCCUCCUGGGAAGGAUGGAUUGCCUGGUCACCCCGGACAGAGAGGAGAAACC